GACGCGUUGUUCGUUUCCGGCGCGCGGCGGCAAGUGUGCGCGAUGCGACACGGUGAAUUUGCGGAAUUAUGAACUCACAGCAACUAAAGCAGGUUUGAAACGCCACUUGUAGAACUCGAGUCCAAGACUGAAUUAUAAUAUUAACAUGCAUUUUAUAGAAUAAACACCGAAACUAUUUACUAGUUCGGAACAGGAUCGAAUGUCAGGGCUUGUGGUGGUGGUGGUGACGAUUCUUCGAAUUUCACGACAGGGAAUGUUUUGAACAGCUAACAGCCACAUAGGUAUGCAACCAUCCCAGCUUCGUUGUCUGAAUGCUCUGCAGCAUGAUUCUGUCUGACGUGCAAUCCGAGCAGAAGUCUCUGUUUCGGGAUAUCAAGAUGGCUGAGAGACUCUCCGCGGAGUUUGUGCUUGAGGGAAGAUUUCAGAGUUAAUUCACCACAAACGGAGCGGAACUCAUACCGCUUCUGUAGAUGAUAACUUUAUGAAACGGUUUGCUCCGACAGAACACACUCAGAUACGGCGACAAAGAACAAAUAUGUCGCUUCAGCCCGUCAUGACCUUCGACUUCUACAACAGCACCGUAACGUGGUGUCCGGACCCAGCCCUCAACCUCUCGUGGGUCACGAAUGCCACUGCCGUUCCAGAGUUGGAGGAUUGGUCCACCCCGUCUAGUAGCAACAGAAGGCGCCACCACCCACACCUCCUGAUGGUUUGGUGGCAGCAGUUGGUCUGGAGCGCCCUGUUUGCUCUUAUGCUGUUGGUGGCCACAGGGGGCAAUGCCAUCGUCUUGUGGAUCGUACUGGCGCACCGAAGGAUGCGUACGAUCACUAACUACUUCCUGGUGAAUCUGAGCGUGGCCGAUCUGUUCAUGGCCGUAUUCAACUGCGUCUUCAAUUUCGUGUACAUGCUGAAUAGCAACUGGUACUUCGGCAGUCCCUACUGCCGGAUCAGCAACUUCAUAGCCAACGUAUCAGUGGCGGCCAGUGUUUUCACUCUCACCGGUAUAUCUUUCGAUAGGUACCUGGCGAUCGUGAGGCCACUUCAACCCCGCAUGUCCAAAGCGAGUGCCCAAGUCACGAUCUUGGUCAUCUGGCUGGCGGGCAUGGUCCUAGGAUUGCCCUGUCUGCUGUAUUCCACUACCAUCACGUACAAAUAUAGCGGAAAGAUCCGAACAGCCUGUAUACUGGUGUGGCCAGACGGACAACCCUUGAUUUCCACGUUGGACUAUGUGUACAAUGUGGUUCUGCUGCUGGCGACGUACGUGGCACCAAUGGCGGCCAUGGUAGCGUGCUACAGCGCCAUGGGCCGUGAGUUGUGGGGCAGCCGCUCCAUCGGAGAGCUGACUCAACGGCAGGUGGACUCCAUCCGUUCCAAAAGGAAGGUGGUGCGCAUGUUCAUCAUUAUCGUGUCCAUAUUCGCCGUCUGCUGGCUGCCGUACCACGCCUAUUUCAUUUACACGCAUCACAACCGUUCGCUCGCAUACAGCAGAUAUGUGCAACAUCUGUACUUGGGCUUCUACUGGCUCGCCAUGUCCAACACCAUGGUGAACCCGCUCAUCUACUACUGGAUGAACGCCAGGUUCCGUAGGUACUUCAAGCAAGCCGUGUGCGAAUGGCACUGUACCUGCAGGAAGACGCCCGUGAACCUGAACCGGUUAGAGACGGCCCGCGUGUGUCGGCGAUACAGCCCGCCGUCAGGUUUCAAAUCGAAAUCAGGAACAGCAGAGGAGUGUGUGCUGAACGGUCGAAAAAAUACGGUGACAUCUCAACCAUGUCAUUGCUCGGACAGGCACCAGCAUGCCCGCACUCACCCUCAGGUCCAGUACCGACAGAAUUAUGGGUGCAAUUCUUGCUGCUCUGGUACUACUGUCACUCUUCCUCUACAUCGCUGUCGGAGUAACCUGAGCACACGGAAGUUCGUGACAAUUGCAGAACUUUAGCCAGGAUGUCUGAGAGGGGCGGUUCUUGCGUACAGACACAAAAGUUCCAGGAUUAACGUCGAAAGGGUGUUCUUCUGUUACAGCACUGUGCACUCAUACAUUGGCCAGAAGUUAGAAUUGGAGUUGUUUAACAUCUAAGCCUUAAUGACAAGUGUCGACGAUUGCCUUGGAUAGCUGAAUCUGGCCACACUUUGUAUACAGUCACUACUGAAUACAACGUCUUUAUAUCGUUAUAAGGAUAUAAUUUUAAUUUCAGUGUACUGGUGUACUGUACACUACACACAUCUGUUCACAUAUUGUUUACUGGAAACUGUUAGAUUCUACAUAAAACCAUGAAAGUACAUAUAGAUUUCUUUACAUUACGUUUAAGGACAAAGGAACUGGACGACAGAUUGCAGUAACCGCUGUACCUCUUAUAACGAGAUAAUUUACUCUGUACUGUCCUCCUGUAACUAGACUAGAGUACAUAUGGGGCAAUAUGGUUCAACUUCAAUGAUAAACAUGUAACUGAAAUCAUCCGGUCAGCCAAAGGUUCACGGGUCGGCCGUGGUUCGUAUUCUGACGUAUACACAUUGAUCAUUGGCCUCUAAAUAGAAUGGUUAAAUUCCAUUAAAGACCCAUCAGAUUAAUUAUAAUACAAAACAAAACUAACUCUGUGGUUUUAGUCCGCAAGCGAACUAU